ACUGCUGUGAGUGCAGUGCCCUGUGCCAGCCGCGCUUUGCCCCUGUUGCCCGGGCGGUGCUGUGUGUUAGAGCGGAGGCUGGAGAUGGGCCGCUUGUUUUCCUCUCGCGAUCAUUGCCUGCUGCCUCUCCCCUCCUCCUGUCUCUCCCUGUCACUCCAUCUCUUCCCUCAUGGCUGCUCUCCGCAGGCUCGUCCGGGCGCUCCGUACCCCUCAGCAACCCUGGUCCGGUGCCCAGCCCCGGGCAGUGUCCGUCCAGAAGCCCGGCUCCUCGGCGAACGCUAGGCCUUCGUUUGUGCUCCUGGUCUCCGGGGCUGCCGGGGCAGGGCUGGCACUGGCUUGUUAUGUCACCUAUCGUGACAGCAGCAGCUUUCAGCACUGGGGAGAGCGACGACAUGGAGACACGGCCCCCCGAAACAUGGGUGAACAGCGGCUGGAUCGGGGGUCUCCGGGCCGGCGGGGACCGAGCAUCCUCCUGCCUGUCAGUGCUGCCAACGAGACGGGUACAUCAGGAAGAUCAGAUAUGGAGGAUUUAGACAUGUAUGCGAGUUCCCGUGAACAAAGGUUUCGUAUCUUUGCAUCACUAGAGUGUGAAGGUCAAUUGUAUAUGACGCCAAAGGAUUUCCUAGAAUCUGUUACUACCGACGAACCUAGAAGUGCUAAAAAUUGGAGCACAAUUUCAAAACAAGAAUUGAUACAGAUGCUGUCAGACACACCACCAGUGUGGAAAGGAUCAUCAAGAUUUUUCCGAACCCUUGGAGAUAAAGGGUUGAUUUCCUACACAGAGUACCUGUUUCUCUUGUGUAUUUUGACAAAACCUCAUGCAGGAUUUAAAAUAGCAUUCAACAUGUUUGACACAGAUGGGAAUCAAAUGGUGGACAGGGAGGAAUUCUUGGUGUUACAAGAGAUUUUCAGGAAGAAAAAUGAAAAGAAGGAAAGGAAAGGAGAAGAAGAGAAAUGUGCCCAACUGCGUCUUCAACUUUAUGGAUACCUUGCAACAACUAACGGUGUACUUAAAACAGACGCACAGGAGCAUGUCUCCAGAAGCUAUUGGGACACGCUGAGGCGUAGCACGAGCCAAGCUCUCUUUUCGGACCUUGCCGAGGGCGCUGAUGAACUCAGCUGCACAAUGAUACAUACCACGCUGCUUGUGCACUUUUUCGGGAAGAAAGGAAAAGUUGAAUUGAACUUUGAAGACUUCUAUAGGUUUAUGGAUAACCUCCAAACUGAAGUCCUUGAAAUUGAGUUCCUGUCCUACUCGAAAGGCAUGAAUACGAUAAGCGAGGAAGACUUUGCUCACAUUCUUUUGCGAUACACUAAUGUGGAAAACACAUCAAGCUACCUCGAAAACGUCCGCGUCCGACUUCCAGAAGAAAAGGGAAUCUCAUUUGAUGAAUUUCGAUGUUUCUUCCAGUUUCUGAAUAAUCUAGAAGAUUUUGCCAUUGCAAUGCAAAUGUACAACUUUGCUAGCCGGUCUAUUGGCCAAGAUGAGUUCAAGCGUGCUGUGUAUGUAGCUACAGGUCUGAAAUUGUCUCCACAUUUGGUGAACACAGUCUUCAAGAUCUUUGAUGUUGACAAAGAUGAUCAAUUAAGCUAUAAAGAAUUUAUUGGCAUUAUGAAAGACCGGCUGCACAGGGGGUUUAGGGGCUACAAUACUGUGCAGAGAUACACUACUUUCAGAUCAUGCCUGAAGAAGCAGCUCCAUAAGAGAUAAGAACCCCGGAAGCAUGGCUUGAUUGGCUACUAUGGAUGUGUUAAAUCGGUCACAAGGAAGCACGUCAAAGAGUUCUUCAGGAGUUUUCACAGCCGGGACAUGCUGAGAUAAACGUGUCUGAAAAGUAACUGCAGGCAUGAGCACAGACAGACGACGUAGCAGCACCACUGUGUUUCAGUCACCCUAUUUAUUUAUCUGAAUGCACUUUUUAAUAUCUUGAUAUUAGAGUUCAUAUACUUAAUGAACAGCAUGAAUUUUUAAUGCAACAUAUUUUUACAUAUUAUUUAUAUUAUGUACAUUUACAUAGUAUAUUAGCCUAUAUAUAUGAGAUUUUGUAAGGAAAGGCAUUCUGUAUCCACAUCAUGUUCUGGGGCUACUGGGGAGACUGUCUGCACCUCCAAGGGAUUUCGUUCUGUGUAAAUAAAGAAAUCCUGCAUUUAAAA